CGCCGAGACGAGCGAUGGCAGAGCCAGUGGUCACCCUCGGCGGCGCGAACAAAGUGAUGAGGUGGCGUUGGAUGGCGGAUUGGCGCUGCUUCGUGCCAGUCUGGUUCCCAGUGGCGGGAGAGGGCAAGUGCCCGCUCAACCCGCUCCCAAAGCAGAUCAAGCAGGAGUUGGUCGAGUCGUUCUCCCACCUGCGCAGCGCCUUCACCGACGACGAGGCCCAAACAGCCAUCAAGCUGUUCGCGACCAAGCGCGGUGAGCGGCAGUGGCUCUACAACGAGGACCCAGACAUCGGCGAUGAGUUCCCUGAUAACGGCUGGGUCGUCAACAAGAAGACGGCGAUCGCCGUCGUCGUGGACUGGCCGACGGGCCCGCUCACGUGCGAUCAGAAAGGCGGCGACGGCGACAAGCAGGGCCACGACCCCGCCACCGACAGCAACACGCAGAAGGGCAACGGCUCCGCCAACGAUUGGUACGACGAUCAGUAUGGCUACAAGAAGCAAUACGACGACUACAAGAAGCAGUACGACAGCGAGUACAAGGAGCGCUUGGACGACCUUGAGAGCGCGGGGAAGACGAGCGCAGGAGGGCUUCACCCAGGGUUACGGCUCGUUGUCACCAAGAAGGCGUUCAAGACGAUUUCAUCGAAGAUGAUCGAGGAUGCAGUGGAGAAGGCGUACAAGGCGGGUUUCAGGUCGGCCAUCAAGAUUGCCCAGGACCAGCAGCUGAACGAGAGCUCACGUGAGUCUGGCAACUCGAGCACCUCGUGGCUCCACGCGAGCGCCAGCUGA